UUUUUUUACCCAAACAAACGUUAGUGAUUCAAUCACGACUGUGAAUAGUUACCGGUAUAGCGUCUACCCGUUCCACAUUCGUAUACCCGACCCGGGCUAAGUUGAAUGCUAGGGUUUUGGACGUUCCUAUAAGUACUUCGCUUUUCAGUGACAAUUCAACCUUUGCAUUCUGGAGCUGCUCUACAUCGUCUGAUUCUUGCAGUGUAGUCAUGGGGCACUCAAACGUCUGGAAUUCUCACCCAAAGAACUACGGCCCUGGUUCUCGUGCCUGUCGUGUGUGUGGAAAUCCUCAUGGGCUGAUCCGGAAGUAUGGGCUCAUGUGUUGCAGACAGUGCUUCCGCAGCAAUGCCAAGGAAAUUGGCUUCAUCAAGUAUCGUUAAAGGAUGAGCACCUGUUCCACAAGAGCGAUGGACAAGUAUGAUUGGACUUGUGGUUUCUUUUUGCAUGAACACUAAUAUAAUGUUAUAUUUAGUUAAUGUCGCGUUGAACUUCUAUUGAUUAUGGAAGUAUAUUUUGCCGUUACAAUGUUUGGAAUUAGUCAUUGAGGAUAAUUAAUUUCCUAAGUCUAUUCUUGUUGCUUAUUCUAUGUUCUCA